AUGCAGUCAUGUUUGCUAAGGUUAAAAGCUUCAACGUUAAAUGCGAUAACAUUAUUAACAUUGACCGUAGUGAGCGCAGUUGCGGGUCCGAGAUACAGUUCGAGAAUCGUAGAUACGAAAUCGGGUCCCAUAAGAGGAAUAAUAUCGGAAUUAAAUUCAAAAUUGUUGGAACCCGUCGAAGUUUUUCGGGGAAUCCCAUACGCGGCACCACCCGUCGGAGAAAGGAGAUUCAUGCCCCCACGUCCUCCAAUACCAUGGACGGGUACAAAAUUAGCGGAUACGUUUCCUCCCGUUUGCCCGCAAAACGUACCGGAUAUAACGAACAAAACGAUGGCAUUUUUAAAAAUGCCACGUGGACGAUACCUUCAAUUACGAAAACUAUUGCCGCUGUUGAAAAAUCAAAGCGAGGAUUGCCUUUAUUUAAAUUUAUACGUACCUGGAAGUGUGUUUAGUACGAAGGUAUGA